AUGAAAUCCCUCCACGCCCUCCAACGACCACGCCUGGUCGCGCUGCCACUUAGCUCCUCGUGCCGAAAUGCGUGUCCCUUUUCACCCUCCAUCGCCCACCGGAGCGCUCAUACCUCGGCUACAAAACCGACACCGCGGAAGCCUCACGAGAUCGACCCGCGAUGGCUGUCGACGACAAAACAACGCAUUGGGCGAUGCAUGAUGUUCGGGCUGAAGCCACCGCAGGUGCGCGAGGCGGGGGCGAUACUGCAGCAGCUUGCGAGGGACUGGCGCGAGCUCAUCGCCGGUAGCGAGGGGUACCUGACGGAUACGACGAGACGGGGGCUGUUCCGACAGAAUGUGGCGUGGGGAGAGAUGGGCCACGUCAACAACGUCACCUACGCCCGAUAUGCCGAGACCGCCCGGGUAUACUUCAUGCGCAACUAUGCGACGCACAUCGACCCGGCGCACAAGCAGGAGUGGAUGAAUCUUCCCAUGACCUAUCCAGACAAGGUCACCGUCUACCAUAAACUGGCACAUUCGCCGUCGGGCCCGCAUGCUUCGCAGUACUCGCUGUACCUCCAGGCGAUGGUGAUUUCCGAGGCGCACCAGCGGCCGGCCGCGCGCAUCCACGAGGAUCUGGUCACGUACGACUACCGGCUGGGGAAGAAGACGGCGCUGCCGCCGUUUCUCAUGGCGCAGUGCAAGGCGACGUGGGAGCUGCAGGAGCAGGCGAAGAAGUUGUGGCUGGAACGGAUUCUCGAAAUUGAAGCGAGGGUGCGGACGCUGGAGGUCGAGAGCUGGGACCGGGAGGAUGCGGUGGAGGAUACCGGAGGCCGGUAA